AUGACUGUCCCAGACGAGAUUCGCGAGCUGAUCCGACGCCACAAUGCACGCGACACGCCUAAGCAGAGGGAAAGAGCCCGCAGACAGGAGUGGAGAGAGGAGGAAGACAUGAAAAAACGUGAAGCUGCUCGAAGGAGAGCCCACGAAGCUGCCCGGAAGAAAGAAUACGAAGCUGCUCGGUGGAGAGAAUACGAAGCUGGUCUAAGGGCAGCCGAGUAUGAGCGGAAAAACUGCGCCGCCCGCGAUGCUAACAUCGGCAGCAGCAGGGCACGGCGAGCCGAUUACUACCAAAGUAGAGGCUCGUCUCGACAAGAGCGCAGCAGGUCUCCUGCUUUUACGCCGCCACGACGACCAUCGACAAUGUCACGCACAGAGGAUCGACGAGAGUUUGAUGCCCUUGGAGUGAGGGACCGACGGGAAAGUACUGCUGGCGUUCGCAGCGAUGGACGGAGUUGGUACCAGAAUCGGCAUGGUGAUUACAAGCUGUACUAG